AUGGCUACGUCUAUCCUCGGGGAAGAGCCGAGAUUUGGAACGACUCCCUUGGCCAUGCUGGCCGCCACCUGCAAUAAGAUCGGCAACACCAGUCCCCUGACCACCCUGCCCGAAUCCAGCGCCUUCGCCAAAGGGGGCUUCCACCCCUGGAAACGCUCCACCUCCAGCUGCAACCUGGGCUCCAGCCUCUCGGGCUUCACGGUGGCCACGAGCAGGGGCUCCAGCGGACUGGCCAGCGGCACAGGCACCGCCAACAGCGCCUUCUGCCUGGCCUCCACUUCGCCCACCUCGUCAGCCUUCAGCAGCGACUACGGCGGCCUCUUCUCCAACUCGGCGGCGGCGCCGGGCGUGUCCCCGCAGGAGCCCGGCGGGCAGUCGGCCUUCAUCUCCAAAGUGCACAGUUCGGCGGCCGAGAGCCUCUACCCGCGGGUGGGCAUGGCGCACCCCUACGAGUCCUGGUACAAGUCGGGCUUCCACUCCACGCUCUCGGCGGGCGAGGUGGCCAACGGGGCGGCCUCCUCCUGGUGGGACGUGCACACCAACCCGGGCUCCUGGCUGGAGGUGCAGAACCCGGCGGGGGGGCUGCAGAGCUCGCUGCACUCGGGCGCCCCCCAGGCCUCGCUGCACUCCCAGUUGGGCACCUACAACCCCGACUUCAGCUCCCUCACCCACUCCGCCUUCAGCUCCACCGGCCUGGGCUCCACGGCCGCCUCGCACCUGCUCUCCACCAGCCAGCACCUGCUCACCCAGGAGGGCUUCAAGCCAGUGCUGCCCUCCUACACGGACUCCAGCGCUGCGGUGGCGGCGGCCAGCGCCAUGAUCUCGGGCGCAGCGGCCGCUGCCGCGGGGGGCGGCUCCGCCCGCUCCGCCCGGCGCUACUCGGGCCGCGCCACCUGCGACUGCCCCAACUGCCAGGAGGCCGAGCGGCUGGGGCCGGCGGGGGCCAGCCUGCGGCGCAAGGGGCUGCACAGCUGCCACAUCCCCGGCUGCGGCAAGGUGUACGGCAAGACCUCGCACCUGAAGGCGCACCUGCGCUGGCACACGGGCGAGCGGCCCUUCGUCUGCAACUGGCUCUUCUGCGGGAAGCGCUUCACCCGCUCCGACGAGCUGCAGCGGCACCUGCGGACUCACACGGGCGAGAAGCGCUUCGCCUGCCCCGUCUGCAACAAGCGCUUCAUGCGCAGCGACCACCUGAGCAAACACAUCAAAACGCACAACGGGGGCGGCGGGGGCAAAAAGGGCAGCGACAGCGACACGGACGCCAGCAACCUAGAGACGCCGCGCUCCGAGUCCCCUGACCUCAUCCUGCACGAAGGGGUGGGCUCCGCCACCCGCGGACCGGGCAAGGAACCUACCGCGGGGCCCGGCGAUUCCUAG